UGCUGACCUUUAGGCUUUAACCACUGCGCCACCAGGGCGAGGCUGUUCCUGUAAAAACAGCAAAGGCCCAGAGGCUGACCCGCGCCUGGCUAAUUUGAGGAAUAGUGAGAAAGCGUGAAGAAGAAAAUUUCUGUGAGGUGAAGUCAGAGAUGUAACGGGGAGGACUGACUGCCUUCCUAAUGCGAUCCAUAUAACCUGUUGGCUCCCCAUUAACGCAUGUGGAAAGGAAAAGUGAUUGAGUGGAGGAAUGAAUGAAAGGUUUCAUCUGAUCCGUUUCCUCAGAGGCCGCUUGGCCAGUGAACUACAAACAGUCGUUGUACGGAGUCAACUGUCAACAUGGCGGCGCCUUUGCGGUAGCCACAACUAGGGCGCUGCCAUGGUGCCUGUGACUGUAUGAACUCGGCCACGUUACGGAAUCAGACUCCAAGAUGACAGCGUCUUCAUGGAAUUCGCGCAGUAGGUGAGGCCAUAUUGCUUGUUAACGUCGAUACAGUACAGGCGGUCAGCGUACGGAUUCGACCGACAAGGUGGCAGCGCCCAGAGGAAAGCUGCCAUACAAGCGCUGCCAUGUUUCAUGGGAACUUACGGACUCGGUCGCCUUACGGACUCGAUAGUCAAGAUGGCGGCUCCUAAGAGCCAUUCAGGGCUCCAGGCGGGCGUAUAGCUUGUUUGCCGCGGAGCCGCCGUACGGAGCCUGCGCAAUAGGGUACGGUGCCCGGUUGGCGCGACCAGAAGCGGAAGUGGUUCUAGUCGCCUUUGCAACGGCCGCGGACGCCGCGGAGUGGUCUGUGCAGGUUACCUUGUCGCUGGCCGAGGUUGCGAGCGGGUGCUUGGGAAUUGGAGAUAUGGUGAGUACCAGUCCAGGGAGUUCUGCGGUAGAGGUCGGUGAGGUUCGUAAUGGUGAAGUCCGACGACAGACGCAUGGGAGUUUGUGGAGGGGGACGGUUCAGACCCAGAGCCACCAGAUGCUGGGGAGGACAGCAAGUCGGAGAAUGGGGAGAAUGCGCCCAUCUACUGCAUCUGCCGCAAGCCAGACAUCAACUGCUUCAUGAUCGGGUGUGACAACUGCAAUGAGUGGUUUCAUGGGGACUGCAUCCGGAUCACUGAGAAGAUGGCCAAAGCCAUCCGGGAGUGGUACUGUCGGGAGUGCCGAGAGAAGGACCCCAAACUGGAGAUCCGCUACCGGCACAAGAAGUCACGGGAGCGGGACGGCAGUGAGCGGGACAGCAGUGAGCCCCGGGAUGAGGGUGGAGGGCGCAAGAGGCCUGCCCCGGAUCCAGACCUGCAGCGCCGGGUGGGGUCUGGGACAGGGGUCGGGGCCAUUCUUGCUCGGGGCUCUGCUUCACCCCACAAAGCCUCUCCACAGCCCUUGGUGCCCACACCCAGCCAGCAUCACCAGCAGCAGCAACAGAUCAAACGGUCAGCCCGCAUGUGCGGUGAGUGUGAGGCGUGCCGGCGUACUGAAGACUGUGGCCACUGUGACUUCUGCCGGGACAUGAAGAAGUUUGGAGGCCCCAACAAGAUCCGGCAGAAGUGCCGGCUACGCCAGUGCCAGCUUCGGGCCCGGGAAUCGUACAAGUACUUCCCUUCCUCGCUCUCGCCGGUGACGCCCUCAGAGUCCCUGCCAAGGCCCCGCCGGCCAUUGCCCACCCAGCAGCAGCCACAGCCAUCACAGAAGCUGGGGCGCAUCCGUGAGGACGAGGGAGCUGUGGUGUCAUCAGCGGUCAAGGAGCCACCUGAGGCUACAGCCACUCCUGAGCCACUCUCAGACGAGGACCUACCACUGGACCCUGACCUGUACCAGGACUUCUGUGCUGGGGCCUUUGAUGACCACGGCCUGCCCUGGAUGAGUGACACAGAGGAGUCUCCAUUCCUGGAUCCCGCACUGCGGAAGAGAGCAGUGAAAGUGAAGCAUGUAAAGCGCCGGGAGAAGAAGUCUGAGAAGAAGAAGGAGGAGAGAUAUAAGCGGCAUCGACAAAAACAGAAGCACAAAGACAAAUGGAAACACCCAGAGCGGACUGAUGCCAAGGACCCUGCAUCGCUACCGCAGUGCCUGGGGCCUGGCUGUGUGCGUCCCGCACAGCCCGGCUCCAAGUAUUGCUCAGAUGACUGUGGCAUGAAGCUGGCAGCCAACCGCAUCUAUGAGAUCCUCCCCCAGCGCAUCCAGCAGUGGCAGCAGAGCCCCUGCAUUGCUGAGGAACACGGCAAGAAGCUGCUUGAACGCAUUCGCCGUGAGCAGCAGAGUGCCCGCACUCGCCUUCAGGAAAUGGAACGCCGAUUCCACGAGCUCGAGGCCAUCAUUCUGCGUGCCAAGCAGCAGGCUGUGCGCGAGGAUGAGGAGAGCAACGAGGGCGACAGUGACGACACAGACCUGCAGAUCUUCUGCGUCUCCUGUGGGCACCCCAUCAACCCACGUGUUGCCUUGCGCCACAUGGAACGCUGCUACGCCAAGUACGAGAGCCAGACGUCCUUUGGGUCUAUGUACCCCACACGCAUUGAGGGGGCCACUCGGCUCUUUUGUGAUGUCUACAAUCCUCAGAGCAAGACAUACUGUAAACGGCUCCAGGUGCUAUGUCCAGAGCACUCACGGGACCCCAAAGUGCCAGCCGAUGAAGUAUGCGGGUGCCCCCUUGUGCGCGAUGUAUUUGAGCUCACAGGUGACUUCUGCCGUCUGCCUAAGCGCCAAUGCAACCGCCAUUACUGCUGGGAGAAGUUGCGGCGUGCUGAAGUGGACCUGGAGCGUGUGCGUGUGUGGUACAAACUAGAUGAGCUAUUUGAGCAGGAGCGCAAUGUACGCACAGCCAUGACAAACCGGGCAGGGUUACUGGCCCUGAUGCUGCACCAAACCAUCCAGCAUGACCCGCUCACGACCGACCUCCGAUCUAGUGCUGACCGCUGAGCCUCACCUGCCCAGGCCCCCUCACACCCUGCAUUCCAGGCGGGGGAACUGCCUGAAUCACCCAUGUGUCUGUUCUUCCAUUCGGUUGUUUCUGUUAGGGCCCGGAGUUUCUCUCUGUGCCCAUCCACCAUUUGACUACCCACUGGAGAGUCUCAGAAUUUCUUCGGCCCUGUCUAUCCCUCUGUCUCUUCAUGCUCUGUGCCUGGGUGGACUGUAAAGCAUUGCCUCCCCAUCCCUGAGUUUUGUUAAUAAAAUUUGGAAAAACCACGGAAGACAA